UUAAAAUGUGUAUUUAUUUUAUAUUGUUUUUGCUUUAUUAUAAGUUGGCUGUAGUUAUUUAAUUUUUUUUUCAAGUAUGCUGCUUGGAAUAGUUUGUGGCGUGUUUAGUCACAUAAAAACGCCUCUUUUAUAGGCUUAUUUGGAAAGGUUAAAAUAAUUAUAUUUUCUAAAUCUUCAUUAGCUCACAUUAGCCAUCAAUCUGAUUAUUAUUCAUAGAUUAGAAAAGAAAAGGAGAUCGUUAAUACUUACCUAAAGAGCGGAAAAACAUGUCAGCGUUUUAGUAUGCGCAUGCGCAUUUAAUGACAUAGUUUACAGGAAGUGCUUCAUUAUUGCGCAUCUAGGACCCCCGAGCCGAUCUGGCAGCCGAACACAUAUGGUACCCAUACCGGCGGUGAUAUCAAGCUGCUUUUGAAUGGCGGCCACGGCGAUUCAUAAUGGCAAGUAAGAGACAACAGGAAUUCAGCGCAGAAAAGCGGAAGAAGAAAAAGUUGAGAGAUUACACCCGUGCAUCCCUUGUUGGGUCAAUGCUAAAAUAUGUUCAAGGAGCCACACGUAGCCAGGAUGAAGAUGCAGAAGUUGAGCAACCAUCCACAAGCUGUCAACAACCCCAGCAUCCUGAACAACUCCAGCAACCAUCCACAAGCCGCCAACCAUCCACAAGCCGCCAACAACCCCAGCAACCAUCCACAAGCCGCCAACAACCCCAGCAACCAUCCACAAGCCGCCAACAACCCCAUCAACUGUCCACAAGCCGCCAACAACCCCAGCAUACUGAACAACUCCAGCAACCGUCCACCGUGUCUGAAGGCUCCAGUUCAGUACAGAGCUGUGAAGAACCAUCCUCAAGUUCCGGUACACAGACACAACACACAACUGUACCCUCAUUAGGUACUGUAUCCACACCCAUCACUGAAAGCCUUCCAGCAGAUGAUGAAGAGUCAAAUGUGCCAUCUCCAACAGACCCCGCACUUUGGCCUGCACAUAUUUCAGACACUGACAGGGUAGAGAUUGUUAGAAGAGGACCAUCUAAAGUUCCAGCAGAAUUUUCUUUUCCAAGGGUGGAUGGAAGGGCAUUUCACCCAAACCUCCAAUUGAAAUCCCUUUCUAAUAAAGAAAAGAUCCAAAGAAGCUGGCUUGUCUACUCUCCAAAGAACAAUACUGUGUUCUGUUUUGCAUGCAAGCUGUUUGGGUCAAAGAGUAUAAAGCUGACAGAAAAAGGUUAUGGCGACUGGUCCAACAUUAACAUCUACUUGAAGAGCCAUGAGGGUAGUCCAGACCAUACCAAGUGCAUGGUGAAAUGGAAGGAACUGGAUAUGCGACUGAAUAAGAAUCUAGCUAUAGAUCAGCAGGAGCUGGCCUUAAUUGAGACAGAGAAGAAAAUAUGGCGAGAUGUCCUGAAACGCUUGUUCUCAAUAACCCUGUCUCUAGCCACCAGAAAUGUGGCUUUUAGGGGCUCUUGGCAAAGUCUAUAUGAACAAGAUAAUGGCAAUUUUCUCAAAGAGGUGGAGCUGCUGGCUGAAUUUUAUCCAGUUACAGAGAGACAUAAGGCCAAAAUUAAAGACGAGGCUUCUAGAACGCACUAUCUUGGACAACAAUCUCAAAAUGAAAUAAUAGAGAUUGUCUCCUCCCACACAGUUCAAACCAUUGUGAAAAAAAUCCAAGAAGCAAAAUAUUAUGCCAUCAUCCUCGACUGCACCCCAGACAUCAGCCGCAAGGAACAAAUGUCACUUGUUGUGCGCAUUGUUGAAUUGGUGCCUAAGCCAGACAUCAAAGAAUACUUCCUUGGAUAUAUGAACGUGGUGGAAACAACAGGCCUCAAUCUGUCAAAUGUUGUUCUGGAAAAGUUGAGGGAACUCUGCAUUUCCUUUGACGAUUGCAGAGGACAGUCCAAUGAUAAUGGAGCCAAUAUGAAGGGAAAGAGACAAGGACUGCAGGCCAGACUGCUACAACACAAUUCAAGGGCAGUCUUUGUCCCUUGUGCUGCACAUACGAUGAAUCUGGUCAUAUCAGAUGCUGCUAAGUCAUCUACGGAUGCUGCUCAAAGUCCCUUUAUGCUAUCAAUAUUUUCUCUCAGCCAGUUAUAACAGACGUUCUAAGGACUUUGGUUAUAAUUUCUCCUCACCUGCUGUGAAGACCCUCCCUGUUCAUUCCUGCUGCUGCUGGACUCUGGUCCACUGUCUCCUCCCUGACCCUGCUCUUUCUAUUGUAUGAAGAUUAAAAAGAUAUGUGCAAAAGAAUAGUGAGCUUCUGUGCAGAAAUGCGAGGAGGGGGUUUAUUCCUAGGUGGUAGAGUAGCCAAAACUUGCAGUCAAGUAGGAGUAGUAGGAGUACUUUAGAAUAAUAUAAGUAAAAAAGUAUUUUGCAGUAAAACAACUCUUAAGAGUACAAUUUAUUCAAAAAGUUACUCAAUUAAAUGUAAGAGAGUAAAUGUAACUAGUUACUAUAAUCUCUGCACCUAGCAAGCGAUUUAACAUAGGUAACAGUUAACAAUUGUUAACUAGCUUAACUUGAUAUAUUGACAUCUAUUAGUCAGUCAUCAUUUAACUAAACAACAUGCAACAGCAUUACUCA